CUUCCGGUAUUUAGUAGUUACGCUAAAAUGCUUUUAUUGUUUACGUCUGUGGAUGACAAGAUUGUCAGUGAAGAAUGUAACAUUAUAUUACAGACAGGCUAAAUGCGUGAAACUGGAGAGGCGUCUAUAAUUUGAAACGUAUGCCACCGUUUAUAACAAUACGACCAAUAUGAGUUCCGAAACGUUUACUUAAGAACUUUAUAGGCUGAGAUUCCGUUCCUUGCGGUGGGCUUAACGGGAGGUGUCACCUUCCCAACAUUGGAACCUGUCAAACCACUCCCCGGUGACUCAACUCUUCGAGCUCGUCAAAAGUGAAUGUUGCGACAUGGACUCCGUAAACUUUGCCCGGUAGACUUCGAGCAGUAUUCACCUCUCCAGAUCAGAGGAGGUAUAAAGCUUAGUUUUUCAGCUAUGGGAAACGUGGCCUGUAACAACCUCGAAAUCCCUCCACCGAAGGGCCCAAAUGCUGCAGGAUGCACCGACUUUAUGAUGGAUCACACAGUGCAGGGCAGUUUCUUCCGCCUGUACUAUCCUUGCCAGAGGAUGGACGAAGCAGCGAUGCCAGACUGGAUCCCGAACAGAGAGUACUUUAAUGGACUGGCAGACUUUAUGAAAAUUAACCGGACUUUCAGUGAAAGAAUAUUCAACUGCCUCUUUGGGUCCUUUAAGAUUCCAGCCUUCUUAGAUGCUCCAUUUAACUCGACUGAAAAAUGCCCAGUAGUUAUCUUUUCGCAUGGCUUGGGGGCCUUCAGGUAUAUACUAUCCUUGUUUGGCAUUGACACAUUUAAAAAUGAAAUGUAUUGUAUUAUUUUUUUUCAGGGUUGUCUUAUGUUUUCCCCCCCCCCCCCUUGUAGGACUUUGUACUCAGCGAUAUGUACAGAACUAGCCUCUCAGGGCUUCAUAGUGGCAUCUGUGGAACACCGAGACCUGUCUGCCUCAGCUACAUAUUACCUUCGACAGAAGAGUGAGUUGGAGAAGGCCAACAAGAAUUCCUCAACGACAUCACUCACAGACACCCUGGUGAGGGAGUGGCUGUACUACAGGAGUCUGCAACGAGGGGAGCAAGAAUUCCCCCUCAGAAACCAGCAAGUGCAACAGAGGGCCGACGAAUGCAUCCGUGCGCUUCAUAAACUCACGGACAUUAACUCAGGGGUGCCGGUGCAAAAUGUUUUGCUUACACAAUUUGACUGGAAGACUUUGAAGAACUCCAUGGAUCUCAGCAGAGUAGCUGUGAUGGGUCAUUCCUUUGGGGGAGCAACAUCCAUAGAAGCUCUAGCCAAAGAGGCAAAAUUCAAGUGCGCCGUAGUACUGGACGCCUGGAUGUUCCCGUUAAAAGAUGAAACCUUCCCUCAAGUGAGUCAGCCCAUCUUCUUCGUCAACUCGGAGAAGUUCCAGUGGGCGGAGAACAUCAAACGCAUCAAAAAGUUGGAUUCGUCGGACAUAGAGAGAAAAAUGGUGACCAUCAGAGGGACCGUGCACCAGUCUUUCCCGGACUUCACCUUUCUGACAGGAGACUUCAUCGGCAAGUUGAUGAAUCUAAAGGGUGACCUCGACCCAGAAAUCGGCCUUGACCUCUCAAACAAAGCAUCGCUUGCUUUUCUGCAACGGCAUCUUGGUUUGGAAAAGGACUUCAAUCAGUGGGACCCUCUGAUUGAAGGAGAUGACGAAAACCUCAUUCCAGGAACAAAUGUCACUUUGUUUCAGUCGGCCAUCUGACAUUAAACAAAGCCACAGGAAAUUCCUGGGGCCUCUGUAACCUCCCAAUGUGCCCUUUAAAUGACCCAAGAAUGUCAAGCAAAAUAACAUUUUAAGCUUAGGGGGUUUAAAAUUGACAUUUGGAGAACAUUUUUCUGCACAUAAUGUAACUGACCUUUUAAAAGUAUUUAAAUCUGUUCAUAUUUUCCAAGCAUUUUAUCAAAAUUAUUUAAAUCAAGUUCUGUAUGAUAGUUUGUGUAUUGUUACUGAAACCUCCCAUCUAAUCUGUAAUUUUCUACUGCAGCAUAUUUGGUGUGUGUUAUAUAUUUUUAGUUUUCUUCAUGAGCCAAAUGUGGCUAUAUGGAUCAAGAAGAAAGAACUACACAUAUACAAAUGUGGGAUAUGUGCCUUCAUUCACAGUAUAGGUCAGUAAGGUCUCUGUAAAUAUAAAAGGUGAUCCACACAUUUUAUUUACUGAAGACUAUUGUUUUGUGCACACUGCAAUGAAUCCAGUUUGUAUACCAACAUUGUUCUUGUUUUAACUGCUCAGGGAGUGAAAAGAAAGUCCAAAUGAAAUGAUUAAAUGUCAUUUAUUGUGCCUCCAUAACUCAAAAGCGCACACCUAACACCAAGAAAACUUUGUUGAAAAUGUUCAAGGGCAAACCCAUAAAACUAACAGUGUGUGUUGUCACUCCUCUGGUUCAGUGUCAGCUGAGCUAUCAUCGAUGACCAGAUAACGUUGAAAGAGGUCUGGCAGUAUAUCACCUAAAAGAAAAAGAUGCGCACACAUGGUCACUGGGGAAGAAAAAAUAAUAAUACAUCAAUGUGUGCUAAAUUAAUGGCCCUAGAAAUUAAGGCUCUGUCCUACACAUCUUACUGGUAUAAUCGAAACUAUGUUUUUACAUUCUUAGGACUUUCAGGAUUUAUAAAAUUGCUUUUCA